UUUUUAUAUUGGAUUUCGCACUGCCGUCCAGAGCAAAAUUUUGAGAUUUUUUCUGGUAGUGAAUUCUUUGCGAUUUUAAUUUUAGGUCUCCGGAUGUGACCUGAGAGAAGUGUGCUCAAAGUUGAUCCCAGACUCGAUAGGCAAAGACAUCGAGAAGGCGUGCCAUGGACUGUACCCACUUCAAGACGUGUACAUUCGCAAAGUGAAAAUCCUGAAGAAGCCUCGUCUCGAUCUUGGCCGCCUCAUGGAAAUGCACGGAGACUCCGUUACUGUUGGCGCAGAUGGUGAGAAGGUUGAUCGUCCCGACGACUAUGAACCUCCAAUUCAAGAAACCGUCUAA